UCAUUUAAAGAAGAAAAACAGUUCAAGGACUCUCUCCUCAUCUCUCUCUCCCACUGAAUCUCUCUGAUCAAUUGAUCUAUAUUCCACUGCACCCACCAUUGCGCCCCAUGGAUUUUCACCAAUUUCUUGUUGCAUUGGCUCUAAUUUCUCUCACAAUAUUUCCCCAUUCAGCUCUUGGAUCAGGCGGACAAAGAACAACGAAAAGAGGGUCGGUGCUUAGAUUGACAACUGAUUCAGCUGCAUCUUCUCUGUCUGUUACUUUUGAUCCUACUAGGGUUACCCAACUUUCUUGGCGACCCAGGGCUUUUAUAUACAGAAACUUUUUAACAGACGAGGAGUGUGAUCAUCUAAUUGUUCUGGCAAAGGAUAAGCUUGAAAAGUCCAUGGUUGCUGACAAUGAUUCGGGUAAGAGUGUAGAGAGUGAGGUCCGGACUAGUUCUGGCAUGUUUCUGGCCAAAGCACAGGAUGAAGUCGUUGCAGCCAUUGAGGCAAGAAUUGCAGCUUGGACAUUCCUUCCUCCAGAAAAUGGGGAGUCUAUGCAAAUACUGCAUUAUGAGAAUGGCCAAAAGUAUGAACCACAUUUUGAUUUUUUUCAUGACAAGUCCAAUCAAGAGUUGGGUGGCCACAGGAUUGCAACAGUGCUUAUGUAUCUAUCCAAUGUUGAGAAAGGGGGAGAAACAGUUUUUCCGAAUUCGGAGGAAAAAGACUUCCAACCAAAGACAGAUGAUAUGUCUGAUUGCGCAAAAAAAGGUUACUCAGUGAAACCUAUGAAGGGAGAUGCUUUGCUCUUCUACAGUCUGCAUCCUGAUGCAACUACUGAUCCACUGAGCUUACAUGGGAGCUGUCCUGUUAUUGAGGGUGAAAAGUGGUCUGCAACGAAAUGGAUUCAUGUGAGGUCUUUUGAGAAAUCAACGAGGCACGCACCAAGUGGAGACUGCACCGAUGACAAUGAGAACUGCGCCCAAUGGGCUGCUGCUGGUGAAUGUCUAAAGAAUCCAACAUACAUGAUUGGCACUAACGAUGAGCUUGGAUUUUGUAGGAAGAGUUGCGAGGCGUGCUCUACAUAAGAAUUCCCUUUACCAAAUAGAGUAUAUUUGAAGCCUAACCUCCUUCCCGCUUUUGAUAAAAGCUAAUAGUUCUACUCAAUUACAGUUGCAUUUAUAAGCUAACAGUUCUACUCAAUUACAGUUGCACUUAUACAUAACGUUGUGCUCUAAUUAUACUUCGGUAGAUAAAGCGAAUUAAGAGUAUAAAAAAAAGGCAAGGAUAAUUUGCUGUGCUUGAAAGUCGUUUCGCGGUUAUGAAGUCAAUAAGCCAUGUGAAUUACAAAUUCUACUUAUGAGUUUAAAAGUUUCCUAUUAA